AAAGUGAUUGAAAUUUGAUUUUCAAAACAUGUUUUGAUUUUUGAAAACCAUUUCUUUCAUACAAUCAACACAUUUGUGUCCAUAAAGUGACCAAAACUGAUGGCUAAACGUUACUUCGAUAACUCAUCCAAAAUCAAACCGGGAGUCAUCAGCGAAGAGCUCCGGGAGGCUGCGGGCAUACACCGCGACAAACUGCCCAUUUGGAUAUACCGGAUGCGAGUGUUAGGCUACCCGCCCGGGUAUCUAAAGCAGGCACAGGUGAGCACA